AUGGUUGUUCCUCUGAGCAGGUCGUGGGUUGAUGUGGAUGUGGAUUUAGGUUUUGCUAUCUUCUUCUUUGUCCUGCUCUGUGUUUUCCUGCUGGUCAGCAUGGUGCGCUGUGCCCAGAUCGUACUCGACCCCUACAGCGCUGUCUCAUUAUCAACCUACGAGCAGGAACAGGAUGAAUAA